AUGGUUCAACUCUUCCGCGCGCUUCUCAACGUCGGGCUCCUGGCCACCGCAUCCGCACAAAAGCCAUGGAAAGUCAUUGUUGGUAACGAGACCGGCGCGGCGCUCUUCGACCCUGUAUCUCUGGAUGGCGUCUCUUCGGGCGACACAGUGACUUUCAUCUUCAGUCCCAAAAACCACUCGGUCACCCAGUCGAGCUUCGCCGAGCCUUGUCGACCGUUGCCCAAUGGCUUCGAUACUGGGUUCGCACACCCGGUGGCUAUUGGGGCACCACUUGCCGACCGCCCGACGUUCACUUACACCAUGAACGGCACGGGACCAGUAUGGGUUUAUUGUCGCCAAGCCCAAUUCACCGCUCAAAGCCACUGUGGACAGGACAUGGUCUUUGCCAUCAACCCAGAUGCGCCUGGUACUGGUGCCAACCGCACACUGGAUGCCUUCCGGAACAAUGCGAUAGCAGAGGCUUGGUCCGACUUGCUCUACGGCAACGUCACGACCUCCAACGGAACUUCCACGACCGCAACUGCAUCGACGAGUGGAGCACAGCCAACGCAGAGCGGAUCGUACGACGCUCCGCAAGCCGAUUCACUCGCUGCCGCCGCCGUCUCUGGCGACGACAGCUCGAGCGGAGACUGGAGUGCCCUCCUUGACAAACUGAACAGCCUUGCGCCGGUCGUUUUCGGCCUGCUUGGCGGCAUACUCGUUCUUCUGCUUGCCAUUUUGGGCGUGGGCAUCACCUUGUGUUUGCGGCGUGGCGCAAGUGCGGGCGCUGCCCGUCAGAUCAGCCCUAACUACGCCCCUGUUCGUCGGCAGGACCGUGUGGACUUCCCGGAGGGCGAUCGGUACUCGGACAACGCGCUCAAGUAUAGCGAUGCGUGA